GCGUGGAGCAAGCAAUGUCUCUUCCGACAGCGUAAUACACGUCAUACUGAAGGUGACGCAAAUACAACACGGAAGGUUUGUUACAGAAAGUUGUUUCAACCACGGAAAGUUUUAGUGUACUGUAAGAGCCUACGUAUCGCUGGUUUUCUAAAUAUCAAGCUAGUUCCAGAGCACUUGUCUGACCUUUAGGUUAUUGAUCUGGAAAACGUAUUGCGUUCAUUCCAACGUGUGCAUCGUGUGCAUACACUAAUUUGAGUUACUUCUCAGAACACAGCAGAAGAUAUGGUAUCACAAGGCUGCCUCAGUCUCAUCAAAUACUUCCUGUUCCUGUUUAAUCUGUUCUUUUUUACCCUGGGAUUGCUCCUGCUCUCUCUUGGAUUAUGGAUUGUGUUUGAUGAAGUGAGCUUCUUCAUGCUAGCCCCCUCUUCCCUUUCUCUCUCUGUACUCUCAUAUUUUCUGGCCAUUGGGGGCACUGUCACUAUGGCAGUGGGCUUUUUUGGAUGUGUGGGUGCACUGAAGGAGGUCAGAUGCAUGCUGGGAAUGUAUUUCUUCCUGCUCACAGUCCUGCUGGCAGCUCAGAUUGUAGGAGGAGUUAUUUUCUUCACACAAAAGACUGCGUUUGAAGACAAAGUAAAAGAGCAUGUGCUCCAAAUCAUCACAUCAAUCAGAAAGAAUAACUCCAGUCUGAACCAUUUUGAGAAGACUCUGGAGUACAUACAGAGAGAGGUAAACUGCUGUGGUUGGAAUGGACCGAUGGACUGGGGAGAUGAUAUGGUGCCUUGCAGUUGUUACCAGCUUCCCAACAGCACUGUUUUUGAACAUUUAAACCAAGGGAUGAAUAAUGGUUCUCAAAAGCUUUGCCCUUGCCAUUCCAGGUUCUUCCCUCAAAACAACACCUGCAACAUUUAUGAGCAAGGCUGCAGAGAAGGUAUUAAGGAGUGGCUUGAAGAAAACGUGGUAAUCAUUCUGGGCGUGUUGUUUGCUGUGGUGCUAGUUGAGUUCAUCCAGUGCAUCGGUCUCACAAUGUUCUAUUGUCUCAGUCAUUGUCAUCAUUGCUGUCACCAGCCACUAAAGACAAAUGACAGGCUCUUUCAGCCUUCAAGAGCCCCAUUAGCCAGCACAGUAACUCAACAAAGCUGGCAUUUCCAAGGAUAACAAAAAUGAAUGCUGCUACCUGAAAGACGACAAUGUGUUGUUACCACCUCCAACGACGUGGACGAGGGGUUGCACUUUAGGAGGCAUAGAAAAUGAAUGGUGAAAGGUAAAAACUCAAAUGGUGAAAACUAUGUACACAAGACACCGGCGCUCCAUGCACAGUGCCUGACUCCGCUGGGGCUCAUGCCACUUUGUGAAGCAGAUGUAGUCUGCCACAAUGCAGAGGGGUGCAUCACAAGACCGGCACAACAUCGUCCUGUUGUACAGAUUCCUGCUGUGGCAGAGUACGCAGUGCCUCCUCCCCUUUGUGACCUUGUCACGGACAUCAGAGGAGGUCACAUCUGUGACUGGUACAGGGAAACAGCCCAGUGACCUUCUCUCCACUGCUGUCUCACCACCUCCUCUUCUUCCCUGUGCUCUGUGCUGCCACCCUUGCCCACGUUAACUAGAUGUGCAGAGAGGACCUCCCUGAACUUCUUCUGGGUCAGGGGAGUGUGCUGUUUCUACUGAGCCAGCUCUUUGUGAAUUAUGAUGCUGUUCACCACCGCAAUGUCAACAAAGUGGAGGAACAACUUCCGGUACCAGCGUGUGGUCUUCUGUGAGAUGCCGUGGUACAGGAUGAGAGCGUCUGACAGGUCAACACCCCCCAUGUACCUGUUGUAGUCAAGGACUGGAUCUGGGACUGGAACAGCCUGCCGUGACCAGGUGCCAUCAGGGCUCUUCACACGCCGCUGUGUUGUCCUCCCACUGUACGCCUUGUGAAUGGAGGAACACAUAGUGACAUCCCUACAGUCCCUCCACUUCACAUACAGCAAGGAUCCAUCCCUGAUCCAGCACAUGUCCCCUCGCACAGCUGUCUUGGGUAGAACAUUCACCAUGGUCCUGGAAAACCCAAUCCUGUUCUGCCUGAUGGUUCCACAGGCCCCAUAGUGGAUCCGUUAGAGCUGCCUGAAGAGUGCUGCACUAGUGUAGACGUUAUCCACAUAGAUGUGGUAACCCAUUCCAAGGUAUAGCACCCAAAUCAGGCUCAUGACAGUGUCAUAACUCAGCCCAUUUCCACUAGGGGUGAGUGCUCUUCCCUGGUAGAUGUUGAAAUCACAUGUGUAGCCAGUCUUGCUGUCAGCCAGGACAAACAGCUUGAAGCCCCAUUUCAUUGGUUUAUCCUUCAUAAACUGCUUCAUCUCAUGCUGCGCUGUCAUGGCUACCACGCGCUCAACGAUGGCAAGGUUCUGACGUGGAUGGUAAAAAGCCCUGCAUGCGGUCAGGAUCUGGUCCUGAAGUGGCUUUACCCAGAAUGGGCAAUCGUAACCAGGUUAGUCUCUCAGCUGCUCGUUGAGGAUGUCUGGUGCUGGAUCACUCAUGUGAAUGCAGGCACUGAUGGCAGCAAACCUGUAGCCUGGCAUAAAACUUUGUGGAAAGGCAAGGCUGGUCCAUCCUCCACAGAUCCCAAGCAGAAUGGGGCCUCAUCAGACCCUGGUAAAGGACAAUGGACAGGUAGUGCAGCAUGUCGUUAGCAUCUUCUCACUGCUUCCGUUUCCCCUGAAGUUGUGUGUGCUGUGCAUUCUUAUUGGUGUCGUCACAGAGAACUUCAAUGGCCUCCUUGCUAAAGAACAGCUGGAACAGUUCCAAUGGGCUGUAUUCCUUUGUGACAUCCAGCUGAACUCCAGGCCAUUCCCCCUUAGAAUCGGGCUCUGUGGCUCUUCUUUUAGCCUGACUUGUUCCUGUUGAAGCCCUGUGGGGAUGAGCAGGAGCAGGAGUGGAAGAACUAGCAUCAAGCCUCUGAACCUCUACGGGGGCGUGCAGCAGGGGCGGCAGCAGAGGCAGCCCUGCGACCUUGAGUAACAGGUGGAGACAACACAGGAGCUGGAGCAGUAGCAGCAGAGGCAGCCCUGCAGGCUCGAAUGACAGAAGGAGACAACACUGGAGCUGGAGCAGCAGCAGAAGCUGAAACAGUGGCGGCAGCGCCAGUCCUGUGGGCCUGAGGAGCAGCAGAGGGAGGAGCAGCGGAGGGCACUGCCCGAGCUGCAGCGGUGGAGGGUCCAGCAUCUCCAUCCCCGCAGAAAUAGUGAAAUUUUUUUUAAAUAAACAAAUGACGCAAUGCAAAAGCAUUAUAACACACUUUGAUACACACAACAAUACAUGUAAUCACACUCAUGCAACUCAAUAACACUUUUUUUCAGUACUCAGUGUGUAAUCUUUUGUUGCACACCCUGGGAUUUCUCUGUGUGUUUCACAAACAUUGCUAUCUAUAAUCAGUCAACUUUACAUUCAUCGAGUACAUAUUUGAAAGUAUUUUCCAUGCCCCAAGGGACAAGUAUAGCCCACGGAGACACUACUACCGAAUUGUUUACCAUACGUACAAUAAAAAGAUAAAAUUCCACCAUCUGGAAAAUUCUGUCAAUGUUCCAGCUUCACAACAAAUCGGCACAUGAAAUAUAACACGUACAGUAUUUCAAAUGUACUCAUUAGAGAAUAGCGUUAACCUCUUGAAAAAGUCUAUUUCAUUGUGCGUAGUACGAAUUCUGGCAGAGCUGACCACAACAAGCCACUGCACUAACUACACGAUUAUGACAGCCAUUAGUUAGAACCCCAAUGCAAAUAUGCUCAGCAUUAUUAGCAAAGGCGAACAGUUGUCUACUAAGACGAGACUAGCUAUAUCAAAAAUAUGGCUAGAGGCAUAAAAAAGGUAAAAAAAAAAAAGGCUAAGGUAGAGUGAAGAAAAAGUAUAUAACUGAAAUACUGCGGAAAGUAAUACGUACAUGUCGAGGAGCACAUCUUUGCCGAGUUCAUAUGCUUCCUCCAGUAGACAAUCACUGUUGUCGAAUAGAGCACCCCUUGCGCUCCUCUUCUAAAUGGCUCCAGAAAUCAAUAUCCUCUGGGCUGGGAUAUGCUUUAGCCAUGGUCAACUUUGGAAAACGAAAAUUCAGUUUGAGGCUGAAUGCGCAAACCCAAGACGAUGCCACACAAAUUCCUGUUACGCAGGAAUUUUUAUUUCUGUUUUCGAAUGUGAAAAUAGCCACGUCAUACAUCGUUGGAAAGCUUAGACUGUCUGCUACUGGAUGAAACAAGUGUUAAUCAAACCAGAAUUUAUUCUAAAGGACCACAGUGAAAUUAACAGCAGCUUUCUCAGAUAGUAUACAGGCAUUGCAAAUGAGUUUAUAUUAGAUAAACGGAUCAUCCAAGACAAUAAAUUACCACCGAAUAUUUAAAGGGACAUCUCUAAGCGUAAAACCAAUUAUAUGAUUGUAUACUUAUUCCACAUUUAGUCCCUGAUAUUCAUAGUUAUAUGGCAUCAGAUAAUUACACUAAAAUUAAUCUGGUUUAUUUCACUAUUCAGUGAGCAGCAUUCUUCCCGCUGUGUUAGUAUUGCGUCUGGCUAAUAUAGUUGCAGAUGAGACAGCAAGGGGGGGGGGGAUGCUUGUUAAAUGGACGAUAUACAUGACAAUGGUGACACUCACAAACCCCGUAUUCAGAAUAGUUGUCGUGUAUAGUCUACUAAUAAAGCUAGAACACAAAGUUUGUCGUUUCCUCUCACAGUUUGGUUGCAGUAGCACUGAAUGUCUGAGUUCAGCAAUCUCGGCAUGCCGGCGUGCCAACCACUAGGGGCAUUGCGUGAAGGGGUUAAAAAUCCUAUAAACAGCUAGUAAAAUUUAGGUGCAGUAAAAUUUAGAGUGGUUGAUUUCAGAGGUUGGGGCAGUCAGAGAGAAAAGUUUUUUUUCUUAGAGCUUAUAAUUUAUUGAUAUUUGUCGCAAUGUGAAGAAAAUGUUACCAAUUAUGAAAAAAGGGUUCUAAAAAAAACUUACAUACUGUGCACCUGUGAUGAAAAAAUGUGUCCAUCAACACAGAAAACAUGGUACAAGUAUGUAAGGUACAAGUGAUUUACAAGGUGCUUGAGUUCUGUAUAUUGUUUUUAAGUGUUCACUAUGCUUGUGUGUUGUUUUAAGUACCUUGUGUUUAUCUGGGUGUGGUCUUCUAUAGUGUGUGUGCAUGGACUGUGUAUGUAAUUUCAUAGUGACUGACAUUUCUUGUUUCUGAAUCCCAUACAGAGAUUUUUACAUGGAGUAUUGGCAAGGUAGACUUUUCAUUGAGCCAUUCAAUGUAAACAAUUCUGUGAGCUUUCUUCCAUCAGCUUUCUGUCAUCCUGUCUCACAUAUGAUACCUCCUGAUAUGUUUUGCUAUUUCAGGUGCCAAGAUGUGUCAGGAGUUUUCUGUUUUUUUUUUUUGUUUUUUUUUUUUUAAAGAAAAAUUCUCGGUAAAGCUUGGUAAUCAAAAUAUUUUCAAUGACUCAGAAACAGUUUCCUUACAUAGAUUAACAAUUUUGACAGGACACCAAUUAUUUUUUUUGUUCAUGAGGUAUGGCGGAAAAGAAAAAUAUGGGGGGAAAGUAAAAUCAUAGGGAAACAAUUAGUUUACAAUUCCCAUUAUAUAAUGGUAAUUCUGGUAAGAAUUUGAUUAUAGCACAAAUAAUAUGGCUUUUGUCUAUUAUGCCAAGUGAAUGGUAUAUACAAAUGACCUCCCUUUUUUCUUUCUCUUUAGCUCUGUGGUAUGGUCCUUUCGAUGUCUCUGUAUAGGAAGAUGAAUUUGGAUUACAGUGCACUGACUCGCUAUUCCUAGUCAGGAGUGAGAGUGGGACACGUCGCAUCGUUUCAUAUUUGUCUGGCUACAAUGGACUCAAACUGAAAAUGAUUGACUAUGAUUGUAAUUAAUUGUUGAUAUUUUUCCUUGACAGUAUUGUUUGUGUUUUAUUCAUUCAGUUAAAUGAGUUGUGUCUUGUACAGCCUUCAACUUCAAACGUAUAAUGUCUGUUUACAUCAUAUAGGUAUAGUUUACUGUAUGUCUAUCUUAUGUAAUAUUCUGUGUGCACAUAUUUGAUGUACACCUGUAUUGUGUGUGUAAUUGCUUUUUAAGUCAUUCAAUAAAAUUGUUUACAAAAUUA